GUUCAUUCAUUCCUCCCUUCGUCCACCCAUCCAUCCAGCCGUUCCCCCCUCAGCACACAGAGUUGUGACGACAGGCGCCUCACACGCCCGGCUUGCUCAGAUAACGGUCCCGAGCGGCUUUCAUCUCCCCAUCCAGUACCUCCUUUCCAGCGGGUCCAGUCCCUGUUGGACAGUGGAGUGCAAAAGCCUGGCAGGUACCUACUCGGCGGAACACCGGAGCGCCGCAGGGGACCCGGGGCAGAGAAAGUCCAGCGACCAGAUUCGGCGCGCUAGUAACUGCCAACGUUGCGGCAUCCCGCUCGCCCAUCAGCCGCCGCCCGCCCGCCCCUCCACGUCGACGCCGAAAUUUGUCCAAGCCCGCCGGCAACCGGCCCCAAUAGCCCACUCCCGCUCCUCGCUCCCACCUCUUCUCUCCCCUAUCCUCCUUUCUGUUCCUUCUGCACACUUCGCUCCCGGUCGCCGACCUCUUGCCCAGCGCGCCACCGAGUGCACGACGACAAGGACCCCGUCGACUGCGCAUCUUGCCCGCAGACUCGUGGCCGACCGUCCGUUUCCUCCUGCUUCCUCCACGAUCCCCCGUCUGCACCCGGACCUCCUCGCUCGCCAGCGCCGUCCGCCGCCGCCCCCCCGUCGCCAUGGCUGAACUCGACACCCUCGACCUCGUCGUCCUCGCGGCGAUCCUCCUCGGUACCCUGGCCUACUUCACCAAGGGCAAGUACUGGGGAGUCGUCAAGGACCCCUACGCGACCGCCUUUGCCAACGCCAAUGGCGUCAAGGCCGGCCGCACGAGAAACAUUGUCGAGAAGAUGGACGAGUCUGGCAAGAACUGCGUCAUCUUCUACGGCUCCCAGACCGGCACUGCUGAGGACUACGCCUCGCGUCUCGCCAAGGAGGGCAAGAGCCGCUUCGGUCUCGAAACCAUGGUUGCCGACCUCGAGGAGUACGACUUCGACAACCUCGACACCAUCUCGGGAGACAAAGUCGUCAUGUUUGUCCUCGCCACGUACGGCGAAGGCGAGCCUACCGAUAACGCCGUCGACUUUUACGAGUUCAUCACCGCCGACGACGUCGCCCUGUCUGAGGGCAGCGACCCGGCCCUCGGCAAUCUCAACUAUGUCGCCUUCGGCCUCGGCAACAACACCUACGAGCACUACAAUUCCAUGGUCCGCAACGUCGACAAAGCCCUCCAGAAGCUCGGCGCCCACCGUAUCGGCGAGGCAGGCGAGGGCGACGACGGCGCCGGCACCAUGGAGGAAGACUUCCUGGCUUGGAAGGACCCCAUGUGGGCUGCUCUGGCCGCCAAGAUGGGCCUCGAGGAACGCGAGGCCGUCUAUGAACCCAUCUUUGGCAUUGUCGACCGCGAGAACCUGACACGCGACUCUGUCGAGGUCUACCUCGGCGAACCCAACAAGAUGCACCUCGAAGGCACCGCCAAAGGCCCCUUCAACGCCCACAACCCCUACAUCGCGCCCAUCGCCGAGUCGCGUGAGUUGUUCUCGGCCAAGGACCGCAAUUGCAUGCACAUGGAGAUUGAUGUCAGCGGCUCCAACCUCACCUACCAAACUGGCGACCACAUUGCCGUGUGGCCCACCAACCCCGGUGACGAGGUUGACCGCUUCCUGGAUGUGAUUGGCUUGACUGAGAAGCGCAACAAUGUCAUCAGCGUCAAGGCCCUCGAGCCCACCGCCAAGGUCCCGUUCCCGACGCCCACGACCUACGAUGCCAUUGUGCGCUAUCAUCUGGAGGUUUGCGCGCCCGUGUCUCGUCAGUUCGUUGCCACCCUGGCCGCCUUCUCGCCGAGCGAUGAGAUCAAGGCCGAGAUGACCAGACUUGGCAAUGACAAGGACUACUUCCACGACAAGACUGGCCCUCACUUCUACAACAUUGCCCGCCUCCUCGCCACUGUCGGCAAGGGCCAGAAGUGGACCAACAUUCCCUUUUCUGCCUUUAUCGAGGGCCUCAACAAGCUCCAGCCGCGGUACUACUCCAUCUCGUCGUCCUCCCUAGUCCAGCCAAAGAAGAUUUCCAUUACCGCCGUUGUCGAGUCGCAGAUGAUCCCGGGACGCAACGAGCCGUUCCGCGGCGUCGCGACGAACUAUCUGUUUGCUUUGAAGCAAAAGCAGAACGGUGAUCCGAACCCUGCGCCGUUCGGCCAGUCGUACGAGCUCAACGGGCCGCGCAACAAGUACGACGGCGUCCACGUCCCCGUUCACGUCCGUCACUCCAACUUCAAGCUCCCUUCGGACCCCGGCAAGCCCGUCAUCAUGAUCGGUCCCGGCACCGGUGUCGCUCCGUUCCGCGGCUUUGUCCAAGAACGAGCCAAACAGGCCCGUGAGGGCGCCACUGUCGGGCGCACGCUUCUCUUCUUUGGCUGCCGCAAGAGUACUGAGGACUUCAUGUAUGAGCCUGAAUGGGCGGAGUACAAGAAGGACCUCGGCGACAAGUUUGAAAUGGUCACGGCCUUCUCCCGAGAAACCAACAAGAAGGUCUACGUCCAGCACCGACUCAAGGAGCGCGCCAAGGAGGUUAAUGAGCUGCUUCAGCAGAAGGCCUUCUUCUACGUCUGCGGCGACGCCGCCAACAUGGCUCGUGAAGUCAACGCCGUUCUUGCUCAAAUUAUCGCCGAAGGCCGGGGCGUGUCUGAGCAGAAGGGCGAGGAAGUUGUCAAGCAUAUGAGAGCGGCCAACCAGUAUCAGGAGGAUGUUUGGUCCUAAUGUCGCGCGAAGUAAAUUGCCUUGACGAUCCAGCAUUCUUAUGUAUGCAUGGCGCUCGAUUGACUUACUGUGGCGACCUCGGCGUUUCUACUCGGGGCACAACCAUUGCCGACCCGGUGUGCCCCCUUCAUCGGCGUCGCGCUUGUCACGCCCGCCUACGUACCUUAUAUUACCUACCACGAGGGGCAAGCGCGGCCCCAUACCCUGUGCGAUCGGGAUGGUCACGUGUUUUGUACGCGCACCCGAACACAACAAAUAUAGAACGGAAUUUUCUACAUCCCCAUCUGGGCCCGGGGCCUGGUACGAGAGAUGAUGGUUUGGAAAGCGGAGCGGGGUGCGAGAGGGGACCUGGGGCAGCUGCGUCCAGGCGAGACGAAUCGGGGUGGAUUCAUAAGGCAUUUUUGGUGUAACUUGUGUUUAGGAGGGUGGUGGGCUUUUCUUUGUUGGAACGAGUAGUAUGUGCAAAGGAUAGAAUUGAACAACUUGCAACAAAGACGUGUGGAAUCCAAUAACCUUCAUUGCAAUAUUUUCUCGCCAAAAGCAUGAUGCGACUACGAAGCACCUGGCGGACGUAGCGUCUUAUAACUUAC